AUGACUCCUUUGUUGUCUCGCGAUGAUGACAUGACUGCUUGGUUAAAACACAAGUACAAGGGAUCAGGUACGUCCGGCCGAGAGGAAGACCGGGUGAUACCAAAACUACAAUUACAGAAAUACUGCCCUACCGAUGAAAAUCCUUCCCAUUUUCUCACAAGAGGGAUAAGUGCACAUCAACUGAAGACCUCUUUACUGUGGAAACAUGGUCCCACAUGGCUGCCCAAUAGAUCUCAGUGGCCUUCAUGGCCUACCGCAGAACUUUUCCACUUAUUAGCCACUGAAACCUCUACAGAUGAAUCUACUACAAAUGACACAGUUCCAGUUCAACAACGUGGCCUUCAUCGCCUGAUCAAUCCAUCGGAUUUCAGUAGUUUACCAAAACUUCUACGCAUUACAGCCUAUGUUUUCAGAUUUGUACCGCUUCUCCAAAGGAAAUUCAGCCAACAAGGUCCAGUUACAGCAAUGGAAUAUGAUCGUGCUACGACAGUAUGGAUGAAGAAUCGUCAAUCUGUUGUCUUUCAUGCUCAAGUUGACAAUCUCCUCUCAAAGUCACGAUACCGUACAACCUUGGUACGUCAACUUGGCCUAUUCCUUGAUGACAACGGUCUUCUACGCUGUGCCGGGGGGAUACACAACGCACCCUUAAGUGACAACACCAAAUUUCCUGUGCUAUUACCAAGCAAAGACCGUUUCACAGAUCUCGUAAUUCACUCCACCCAUGUCAAGCAGCUUCACGCAGGUGUCAACUCAACACUCACUGCCUUGCGCCAGAGUUACUGGGUUCCUUCUGGCCGACAACGCGUCAAAACCUUAAUUGACAAAUGUUUAACCUGUAGAAAGGUUUCAGGAUCAGCCUACAAUCAACCAGAUCCACCACCCCAUCCCAAAUCAAGAAUGCAACAAACACAACCCUUUGAAGUCACCGGGGUGGACUACACCGGAGCUCUGUAUGUUCGAAACGCUGGAAUUGAAACAAAGGUCUACAUAUGCCUAUUUACGUGUGCAACAACCAGAGCUCUUCACCUUGAAGUUGUCGAAGACUUGACUGUUGAAGCUUUCUUACUCGCCUUUCGCAGAUUCGCAAGUCGCAAAUCUGUUCCAAGGAAACUAAUAUCUGACAAUGCCUCAACAUUUGUAUCAGCGAGCAAUGAACUAAAAGAACUGUUUCAAUCUCAUACGCUCAAGGAAACACUUGCAAAGGAAGGCAUUGAAUGGUUAUUCAUCCCCAAGAAGGCGCCUUGGUACGGCGGGCUUUGGGAACGCCUCGUCGUCGGUCUUACCAAGUCCACCAAUAAGAAGGUACUCGGGAGAGCUGCAGUCAACCUGUGCACUCUUCAGACGAUUGUUCUUGAAGUGGAGGAAAUUCUUAUCGAUCGCGCCCUGACCUAUGUUUCUUCAGACAUUAAGGAUGAAGAGGCAUUAACCCCUGCAAAUAUACUUUAUGAUCGACGAAUAACAUCACUACCGCAUGCACUAGUAGACAAUGAUGAAUUCAAUGAUUCCACCUACCAAACAAAAACACAGAUUUCCUGA